ACUCAUAUCAAAACAAAAAACAUACUGCACAGCUGUUAUAAGAAUUCCAUAAUUUUGCACUGCAAACGAGCUGACGUGCAUGAUUAUUGGUAAAAAAAAGAAAUGCAUGCUGCAAUGCAAAAGCAACAACUGCCCCAUGUACCAUCCGUGGAAGACCCAGAUGAUCUGGAGAGUCCCAUUGGCAUUGAGGCGGGCGUAUUAGCCAUACAGCCGCAAACUGGCGGUGACAAAACGUUGCAAAAGGUAGGGUUUUGGGAGCGGCCGCCUACAACGUAUCAAGCACCAACCGAGGGCACAACAAUGCUUCGCUUCGAAAUUCUGCUGGCCCGCAUAAUGCCGCCCGAGGGCGAAGAUCCUAAAAUGAAGCGCUAUGUUGUCUACAAUCUGAGCGUGCGGCAAGACAGCAGCAGCGUCGACACCCAGCCAGCAACUAUUGAACGGCGCUACACGGACUUCAGAGAGCUGUAUGCGGCGCUGCGUCAGCAAUUUCCCAAUGCCAUGACCAACAAGUACUUUCCAAGCAAGGUGUUAAUGGGGAAUUUCUCCUCGGACUUGAUUGCAGAGCGCAGCGAUGCCUUUGAAGCAUUUCUCACCUAUGUGGCUGGUCACCACUUGUUGCGCGACUCGCCCGCCUUUCUGCAUUUUCUGCAGGACCAAGAGCUCAGUCAGGCGUGUCAGUUUUUGGAUGAGAGACGCAACGAAUUAGCCAUUCCAAUGUUGGAGAAUUGCUUUCGUCUGCUCAACAAAAUCUUUAUGGAUCGUUCCCGUCCCGUGUUGUUAAUACUCUGCCGUUUGGUGGCUGCCUGCACCAAUUCCCCUGUGCCGCAUCAUUCGGCAGAGCGAUGGGCUCUGCUGGCACUGGCACGUUUCGAUACCCUCUGCGACAUUGAUUUGCUGGCUCUCUAUAUUCCCCUUCUACACACUUGCGCGCAUUUGUGGUGGCAGCGCGGUCAGGAUCAAAAGCCCAUCACAGACCGUUUAACUGACAUGACCAAGAAGGGCAUUAACACAACUAAUACCACAACUUUAAUGCAGGCCAUUCACAAAAUCGAUCCACGUACUGAGACCAUGUAAUUCUGCAUUAAAUAACUCGAACCUAGCAUAGCUAAGCUUAAAGUGCAAUUAGACGACAUCAAUUCAUUCAAUUCAAAUGUGUGCGAUCCCAAAGUGCAAUUAGUUUAAGGACAAAAUUGACAUUUGUAGUAUUAACCAGAGAUUGUUUUCCAAUAAUUUAUUGCACGUAUCAUGAAUCUCAAAAGCACAUUAGCUACUCCUUCUGUCAAUACGUAUUUAUUUAAUUCAUCAUACAUACAGAUACGUGUGUACUUUCGUUGGUAUUUGGGUUAUUCCUCAUUGUGAUUAUAUUUUGAAUAGUUCUAGCAAAUAAAUUAUGGAAAAGUGUGCACUUUA